AGCAUCCCGUAUAGGUGCUGGUUUGAGUCCCACCUGCUCCACUUCCAAUCCAGCUCCCUGUUAAUGGCCUAGAAAAGCAGUAGAAGAUGGCCUAAGCCCUUGGACCCCUGCACCCAAGUGGGAGACCAGGAAGAAGCUCCCGGCUUCUGGCUUUGGAUCCACCCAGCUCUGGCCAUUGCGGCUAUUUGGGGAGUGAACCAGUGGAUCGGAGACCUUUCUCUCUGUCUCUCCCUCUUUCUAUCUGUAACUAUGCCUCUCAAGUAAAUAAAUAAAUCUUAAAAUAAUAAUAAUAAUGUGCUGCCCAUUGUUUACUAAUUUACCUUAUGGGAUGCUGGCACUGUAGGCAGCGGCUUUACCUGCUAUGCCAUAGCACUGGCCCCUAAUUUACCUUUUACAGGACAUGAAUUGUUUUUCCAUUAGAAGGGAUGGAUUUUUUUCUUUGUGACUUAUUCCGUUUAGUAGGCAGUAUCUAGGCAGAGAAGAAAGCUGAGUAAAACAGAAUCCUUUCCCUUGAGGACUUUAUGGGACACUGAAGAAGAAAAGAUUUAAACAGAUAAUUCCAUGGUGCUAAAUGCCAGUGUGAAAAUAGUUACUGCAGGGUCAGAGAGGGCCUUCCUUCACUUUACUUCAGGAAGUGAUACCUGACUGCUUUUUGAGCUACCUGCUUGGUGCCAAACCCUGCUAUAAGGUUUUAAGUUUGGAAUGAGCAGUAAACAAAUUAAAAAAAUACAAUAUUCUCAGAUGUUGGUUUGUACUAAAAAAAAAUUACAGUGUAGUUAGGGAGGUGAGACAGUGAGGGGUGGGAGAUGGUACUAUUUUAGAUCAGAAGAUGUCUGAUAGAGUCACCCUUGAGUAGAGAGACCUGGAUCCAGGCUAGGAUGACCAUUCUAUGUUUUCUAGAAGGAAGAGAAGGAACCAUGCAGAUAUUUGGAGAAAGAACCUUCUAGGGAGCUUCAUAUGCUGUGUUGAAAGAGUUUAGAUUUGAUCAUCCCGGAUUUCUAUCUGGAAUGACAAGGGCCAUGCCACUUCAUUUUUUGGCCCAGCCUUGGAGCGCUACUCAUCCUUUCAAGUCAAUGGCAAUGAUGACAUUCGACAGAUCCAGAGCCUAGAGAAUGGUAUUCUUUUUCUCACCAAGAACAACCUCAAGUAUAUGGCCCGUGGGGGCCUCAUUAUAUUUGAUUACCUGCUGGAUGAGAGUGAGGAUAUGCACAGCCUCCUGCUGACCGACAGCAGCACUCUCCUUGUUGGUGGGCUGCAGAGCCACAUAUUGGAGAUCGAUCUUAACACUGUCCAGGAGACUCAGAAGUAUGCAGUCGAAACACCUGGAGUCACCGUCAUGAGACAGACAAAUCGCUUCUUCUUCUGUGGCCACACAUCCGGCAAGAUUUCCCUGCGAGACCUCCGCACUUUUAAGGUGGAGCAUGAGUUCGACGCUUUCUCAGGGAGUCUGUCAGACUUUGACGUGCACGGCAACCUCCUGGCUGCCUGCGGCUUCUCCAGCCGCCUCACUGGCCUGGCCUGCGACCGUUUCCUCAAGGUGUACGACCUGCGCAUGAUGCGUGCGAUUACACCGCUUCAGGUCCACGUGGAUCCCGCCUUCUUACGCUUCAUCCCCACAUAUACGUCUCGGCUCGCCAUCAUCUCUCAGUCGGGACAGUGCCAGUUUUGUGAACCCACCGGCCUGGCCAACCCAGCAGAUAUCUUUCAUGUGAAUCCUGUGGGUCCUCUGCUAAUGACAUUUGAUGUGUCAGCCAGCAAGCAGGCCCUGGCCUUUGGGGAUUCUGAGGGCUGCGUGCACCUCUGGACUGACUCCCCUGAGCCUUCUUUCAACCCCUACUCCCGUGAGACUGAGUUUGCUUUGCCCUGUCUCGUGGACUCACUACCUCCUCUGGACUGGAGCCAGGACCUGCUGCCUCUUUCCCUCAUCCCUGUGCCACUCACCACUGACACACUUCUCUCUGACUGGCCUGCUGCCAACUCCGCUCCAGCCCCCAGGCGAGCACCUCCCGUGGAUGCAGAGAUUCUGCGCACCAUGAAGAAAGUAGGCUUCAUUGGCUAUGCCCCCAACCCCCGCACCAGGCUACGUAAUCAGAUUCCUUACCGACUCAAGGAGUCGGACAGUGAAUUUGACACCUUCAGCCAGGUCCCCGAGUCACCGAUAGGGCGGGAAGAGGAGCCACAUCUGCACAUGGUCUCUAAGAAAUACCGCAAGGUGACCAUCAAAUAUUCCAAGCUGGGGCUGGAAGACUUUGACUUCAAGCAUUACAACAAGACCCUGUUUGCUGGACUAGAGCCGCACAUCCCCAAUGCCUACUGUAACUGCAUGAUCCAGGUGCUCUACUUCCUGGAGCCUGUUCGCUGUCUCAUCCAGAACCACCUUUGCCAGAAGGAGUUCUGCCUGGCCUGUGAGCUGGGAUUCCUCUUCCACAUGCUGGACCUCUCUCGUGGCGACCCUUGCCAGGGCAGUAAUUUUCUUCGAGCAUUCCGCACCAUUCCCGAGGCCUCAGCCCUUGGUCUGAUCCUGGCUGACUCGGAUGAGGCUUCCGGCAAGGGCAACCUGGCCAGGCUCAUUCAGAGGUGGAAUCGCUUCAUUCUCACCCAGCUGCAUCAAGAUAUGCAGGAGCUGGAAGUGCCCCAAGCUUACCGCAGUGCUGGAGGCAGCUAUGGGAUCAGCAGCUUUUGCUCAUCGGGGGACUCUGUCAUUGGGCAGUUGUUCAGCUGCGAGAUGGAGAACUGCAGCCUCUGCCGCUGUGGCAGCGAGACCGUGCGAGCCUCCUCCACUCUGCUCUUCACGCUCUCCUACCCUGAGGGUAGAAACAGUGAUAAAACCGGGAAGAACUAUGACUUUGCUCAGGUGCUGAAGCGAAGCAUCUGCCUGGAGCAGAACACACAGGCCUGGUGCGACAACUGUGAAAAGUACCAGCCCACGAUUCAGACCCGCAACAUCCGUCAUCUGCCAGACAUUCUUGUCAUCAAUUGUGAGGUUAACAGCUCCAAAGAGGCCGAUUUCUGGAGAGCGCAGGCUGAGGUUGCCUUCAAGAUGGCAAUGAAGAAGCACGGUGGGGAAGUCGUCAAGAACAAGGAGUUUGCUCGGGCUGACCGGACACAUCGAUUCCUCUGUGCUGACAGGAAGGAAGUGGGGAGUCCCGAAGGUGCGCUGCUCUGUCCCUCCAUGGAGGAGCUGAAGAAUGUCUGGCUUCCUUUCUCCCUUCGCAUGAAGAUGACCAAGAACAAAGGGCUGGAUGUUUGCAAUUGGACUGAUGGGGAGGAGGUGCAGUGGGGCCCAGCCAGGGCAGAGGAGGAGCAUGGUGUCUAUGUGUAUGACCUGAUGGCAACUGUGGUACACAUCCUGGACUCACGCACAGGGGGCAGCCUGGUGGCUCAUAUCAAAGUUGGAGAGACGUACCACCAGCGCAAAGAGGGUGUUACUCACCAGCAGUGGUAUCUCUUCAAUGACUUUCUCAUCGAACCCAUCGAUAAGCAUGAAGCCGUGCAGUUUGACAUGAAUUGGAAAGUACCUGCAAUCCUUUAUUACGUGAAAAGAAAUCUCAAUUCCAGAUAUAACCUGAACAUCAAGAAUCCUAUUGAGGCUAGUGUCCUGCUGGCUGAAGCCUCACUGGCACGGAAGCAGCGGAAGACACAUACUACCUUUAUCCCACUGAUGCUGAAUGAAAUGCCACAGGUUGGGGAUCUGGUGGGCCUCGAUGCUGAGUUUGUCACCCUCAAUGAGGAAGAAGCAGAGUUACGCAGUGAUGGCACCAAGUCCACCAUUAAACCAAGCCAGAUGUCAGUAGCAAGGAUCACCUGUGUUCGGGGCCAGGGACCAAAUGAGGGUAUCCCCUUCAUUGAUGACUACAUCUCUACCCAGGAGCAGGUCGUGGAUUACUUGACUCAGUACUCGGGGAUAAAGCCGGGAGACCUUGACGCCAAGAUAUCCUCCAAGCACCUCACAACCCUCAAGUCCACGUACUUGAAGCUUCGGUUUCUCAUUGACAUUGGCGUCAAGUUCGUGGGCCAUGGCCUGCAGAAGGACUUCAGGGUCAUCAACCUCAUGGUGCCCAAGGACCAAGUACUUGACACUGUGUACCUGUUCCACAUGCCCCGAAAACGAAUGAUUUCCCUGCGAUUCCUUGCAUGGUACUUUCUGGACCUGAAGAUUCAAGGGGAGACCCAUGACAGUAUUGAGGAUGCCCGCACAGCUCUUCAGCUCUAUCGAAAGUAUCUGGAGCUAAGCAAGAACGGCACUGAGCCUGAAUCCUUCCACAAGGUGCUCAAGGGCCUUUAUGAGAAGGGCCGGAAGAUGGACUGGAAGGUGCCUGAGCCAGAGGGCCAGACAAGUCCCAAGAACGCAGCGGUCUUCUCCUCAGUGCUGGCACUCUGACCUGCCCUCUCCCUUCAGUGCUCUGUAGCCCCAGAACUGGGAGAUGGCUUCCCAAGUGGGUCCACUUCCAGAACGGGACCUGCUCAGUCUCCACAGAUGGUGCUAUUAAUAGAACUGGAACUCAGAAAAAUCGAUGCAAAGGUUCUAGGAGCCGGAUUCCUUCUUCAUCCUUUGCAAAACAGCAGGCCAGAUACAAAGUCUAGACCCAGACGGAAAGUAAUUGGCAUUCUUAAUAAAUACCCGGGGUGAUUAGUAUCUAGGCGGAGAAGGUUCUGGGACCAACACUCUCAGCUCCUAGCUGGCUGGGGACUGAAGUACUGGACAGUGACAAGAGGAUAUACUUAGUAGCUCAAGAUUUAGCUCAAGUCUUCAAUUGCUCAGGGGAUGCCUGGAGGGAUCAUCAUGUUGCAGCUUGGGGAAUCAAGAAAACCACAGUUGCCAAUACCAUUGCCAAAAGGGACUUUGUUUCCUGGACAAAGCUUGGCUGCUGGCUCCAUUCCUGCUGACAGCUGAGAAGCAUCUGUCUUCCAUCUUCUUUCCCGUCUCAAGUUUUGUUAUUUUUUAAAAAUUUAUUUUAAGCCGCAUGUUUUAUAAAAUAAAAACGAAAAUAUUGUCUAA